AUGUAUGUUCUCGUGUCCGUCACAUGUGAACCAGCAGGAGAUUUCUUUUGGAAUGAGACUAGUGACGUAAAUUGUCGACUUGAGCAAACAUGGAGCAAACGUGUAGAGUUUAGGGUAGAAUUGAUAAAAAUAUCUUUCUCAAAUGAUAUCAAAUUAUUUCAAUUUCACUCACUUUUGAUCUCCAAUAACAAUUCAGAAAUAAAUACAAUUUCUGAAUAUGAUGAAGACGACUAA